UACAAUACAAUAACAAUUACCUAUUUAUUUCAUUAGGUAUUUUAUUAUAGUCGGUCGUAUCGUCAUCAUAUUCAGAAAUUAUACAAUUAAAAAAUAAAUGAAAAUAGAGAUCUUUUAAAAUGCUUUCUAUUAAAAUUAUUUUAAUCCUACCGUUUGUGUUUAGUGUAGUGAACACACAAAUGACAAAUAUUACAAUAUCUCUUGACAGACCAAUAACAUGGGCCGACAAACAAUUGUAUGGAGAUUUUCUACAAAUCAAAAGAUCAUCUACAAUCCAAGUCAACUUUGAAAAUAUAAAUUCUAAUGUCUCAUUUAUAGUGUUUCAAGUACACAGUCAUGAAUAUAAUGUGACAGUAUGUAACAACAGUUGUGUGAUGGAUUCAAUGGAGAAAGGAAAUAAUAUUGGCUUCUAUAGUUCUGUUAAACCCAACAUUGAUACAUUUUAUAUAAAAAAUGAAAAUUUUCUUGAUAUUAACUUAUACAUAGCUGUGCACGGGUACAAGGAUCAAGAUCCCAUACCUGGAGGUUGCAAUAUGGAGUUAUCAGUGCCAAUAGCUCCAUUCACAUUCACAAAUUUUAACAAAGUUUACAUUAACAUUGAGGUAUCUCCCGCCAAAAGUUACCAAGACCCCAAUUGUCUUUCUGCGAGCGCUGUUACAGUGAAGUUUUAUAGAAUGUACUUGCCUGAGAGAAAUUUUGAUGCCGAUGUCUACUUCGAAGGCAUUAAGGACAUGAUGUCGCUGGAGAAAAUUCGAGAGAAAGCCGAAGAGAUUCCAAGUUCUGUGUGGACAAUGCGACGCAUGGUCAGCGCUUACCAUGGCACUGGUUCUAUAUAUGUGGCGGUGGCUUAUGAUAAAAAUGACCAAUAUUAUUCUAUAUACGCCCCGACGUAUACAUAUGCCUGUAUUCCAUUGAAGGACAACUGCGAAUUAUUUGAUGAUUUGCUGUCUGCUUUUAUGUGUACAAUAAUGCUUUUCGUGGGUGUUUUUAUCUGCUACUUUGGGCAUCGUUUCUUUAAAACCGAGAUGUUUCUGUUCGGGUUAUUGAGCGGUGUCAUCAUAACCCACAUAUUGAUAUCUUUGAUAGUCGAAUUAGAUACAUCUGAAUUACUAGGAGCAUCCCUACUGUCUGGCGUGUUCUUCGGUGGAAUUUGGUACAUGUUCUGGUGGUAUUAUGGUAUCCCAGUAAUAUCCGUCAUGCUGCCAGCGCUCAACCUUGGCUUUUUGGUUGCCGCCAUAUUUUAUUACAAGCUGCCAGGUGGCAUAAGACUAUUAAUGGACGACUUUAAUUUCUGGACGCUGUUCAUAUUCAUGAUGUGUUUGGUCGCGCUCAUGUUAGUGUGCGUUGCCUUCGCGUCUAAUAUGCUGUGCUGCGCUGUGCUCGGCGCGUAUACAGUUGUGUACGCCAUGGAUUAUAGCUUUGGAUCCACUUUGAAAUACAUCGUUAUCAAUACAAUAAGGAGGGCUACAGUGCCGGAGUUCAAAUUUGCCGUGUUGACACCGCCUUUUGAAUGGAAAGAUGCGCUAGUUACUUCAAUCUGGGUGACGCUAUCGAUAACUGGUUUCCUCGUCCAACAAUUCCACAACAGGGGAAGGCCACCAUUUCCCCCACCUCCACGCAGCGUUCGUCCCAGGAUGCCAGAACCACUUGGUUAUAGCACCCUCAUUAAUAAUCGGCAAAGAUAUAAUAGCACACAAGGCAAUCGACCGUUGUACACCGAAAGAACUCCAUUACUGUCCUAAUCUACCAUAUAUCACUGUGUAUUCAUGUAAGAACUUACAUAUCGAUACCAUUCCAAACUUUACUAUGUACUAAAUAAAUUAGUAUUUUAUAUUCUAUUUUAGGAACAGUCCUGGGUUCGAUUCCCAAGUUAAAAGGUUGUUCGUUUACAUAAACAUAGUAAUACUAGCGACUGACUGAAUUUUUCGUUCCUAAAACGGUUAACGUUUGUUACUUGCAAUGUGAAAUGGCCUUUAUGCUACUUGCGUAUAUAAAAAUUAUUGUAUGUGCAAAAAGGAGCGAGAUAGCAUGAUUGGUGUCUCUUUCUCAUUAGUGUAGGCCGUUGACUAGUACUAUUUUACACGUGUCAUUGUUUUAUUGUAGUUACUUGUAUGUAUUUUGAUUUUGUAUAGUUCUCAAUCAACCUUAUAUAAUUAUAUUGUCUAUACAAAAUAAAAUGGAAAUCCCUACCAACACAUGAAACUAACCACUUUAUUCAUAAUAACAAACCUUCUACAAACCUAUUUUAUCUAUUACACAAUUUUGUCAUUUUCUUUCAAUUUAGAGUAAAAGAAAGAGAGUAACUGAAGUAGGUAUAUGAGGCUUGACGUUUUUAUGAAUAAGGGGGUAAAAAUGUCUCCUACUCUAAAUUAUAUAUUAGACAGAGAGUUAAAUUGAAAAUUCAAAAACAAUAAAAAUAUUUGAGAGAUAAUAACUCAACGCCGUGAUAAUGAGGGAGAUUCAAAGUUUUUUAUAGUCUUUCGACCUAUGGUUCUUUGGUGAAAAUAUUUAGUUUCGCUGGAGAAGGAGGAAGAAGGACAAAAUGAUCCAAAUAAAUGAUUUUGAUUUUUUUGAUUCCCUUCAAAGUUUCCUAACGAUUUCAUCUUUACAUCUUAAUACUAGGUCACUUACUGAUAGAGUCGAGUUUCUACACUUCUAUCUUUAAUUAACAAGGUCACUAGAUUUUAAUUUUCUUAACGUUUAAGUUCUAUUUUUUAAUGGACUGAGAGCUCAAUUACAUGGUUGUUUUUAUUUUCAAUAAUCACUAGAUAUUAAUUAAAGGGUGUUAGGAAAAGAAAUUAAAUCUAACGGUAGUAUUUGUUAAUUUAAAUGACAUUCCCUAAGGAACAUAGGUCCUUCUGACCGGAUGAAAAUAAAAUGGUUACCCCGCCUACGCUAUUACGCUGUACAUAGCAGGGCAUUGUAGGAUGAUAGAUAAAAAUAAAUUCAAGUGAAAGCCAAUUAUUAAUUCCCUAAGAAUUAACCUCGAUAGCUUCCAGGAAAGGUCGCUUGAAGGUCAAUUUGACAGGGACUAUAGCUAGCAAUGGGAACUAAUAUCCCAAUUACUAACAAUUCCUUCAUAAAUACUACCACUGGAGUCUAAUGGGAUAAAAACAUGAAUGUAUGCAAGCAUAUAGUUAAUUUAAAUCUAGUAUAAAAAAAUAACCUGUGUCAGGGUAAUUUAGUGUUACUAGCUUUUUUAACACAUCACCUUCUAAGUCGAUUCACUCUUUCGAAAGACUAUCUCGUAAUCAUCUAUUACGCCAUUUUAUACAACUAUAUUAUUAGAAUUUACACUCUUAGGCUUAACAGAAAAAUUAUAUACUGUAUUAAUUUGAAAUCAUUGGGGUCGAUUCUGAGGCAUCAUUUCUCUAAACCUAUCUAUUAUAUUAUCCUAAUAUUUAUGAUAGUUUUGCUAAUUUACUGUUUUAUGUACCAUCAUAAACUAUAUAAUAAUUUUAACUUUAUUGUAUUAGAAAUUUAGUUCAUAUUGGUACGUAGAACAAUUUCUCUGUGAUAUCAAAUUGAAAUUUUAAAUUUACCGACAGAUUUAGAGAAAUAGCGCUUCAGAAUUAACCCCAUUGACAUCAUUCAAGGCUGUGUUUCGCCAAUGAAAUUUAACAAUUAAAAUUUAAUAAAGUCAAUAUGGCAACUGAAUGCACAAUCUAUAUAAAACACCCAAUUUUUUUGUAAUUUGUUAACAUAUUAAAUAUUAUAUGUUUAUUUAAAAUAUAUAUAUCAUUAAUAAAGCACUGUUAGAAAGAUGCUAAUGGAUUCAAUUUCACUCUGGUUAUUAUUUAUAUUCAUUAAAAGUCUUGAAGUAUCCAAAUGACACUAAUUAUUAAGUAAUAUAAUUUCUCUUACAUAAUUAGCAUAGUUAUGUAAAAUUUAAGCUUAGAAAAAUAUUAAAGCGAUGGUUGUAUUAAGCUUUAGCUUGAAUUAUUAUUAAUAACUUGUUAUUAAAUAUCUGUAAUAAUAUAUCUUUUAUAUUUAAUUAUAAUAAGGUUUUAAUGUUCUCUAAGUUUUUUUUAUACUAACGUCAAGGUGAUUCAUAACUAGGUACUGUUAUAAAUAAAUAUAAUAUGAGAAUUCUCUUUUAAUCACCUUGAACGGCAAAAAUAGACAACUUAGGUUAAGUUCUAAAUCUAGUAUUGUAUAAUUGGGGAAAAGUUUUUUUUUUUUUUCAUAUUUUUUCAUAACGAUAUAUUGAUUAUUGUAGCCUGUAAAUAUAGAAGACUGGGUAUCAUUGUGCUGGUGCUUUUAGUUGCUGAAUAGUUCUAGGGUGUACCCCGGUAUAAGUUCAGACUGUAAAAUGUACAUAGAAUUAAUAUUAGAUAUUUCUAAAUAACGCUUGUUACUUAUUUUCUUGGAAACACACCUAAAAUUAUAAUUACGACCUCUAAUGUUAACUAUGAUAUUCGAAAUUUGAUGAAUAAAUAUGUAUAUAUUUUUUUUAAUUAAAAUAUAACUCGAUAUAGUGAGUACAGUUCGUGGCAAUCUACUUGAACAAAAUGACAUGAUAACAAAGAAAUAAAAUAAAUAGAAAGUCAUAGACAAUAAUGUUUGAUCUAUGGAUGAUUUUGCGCAUGCAAAAUUGCAAGUCGAGUAUUAUAGAAUUAAAUAGUCUUUGAAUUAUUUGUUCUUAAUAUACAUUUCGUGAGGUUAUAGAUUUGCUAACUGUGCCUAAAAUAAAAAAAAAAAAAAUGUUUAAUAAUCUGUAAAUUAUGUGAAAAUAUUAGUGCAAUCCUUGAUGUGCCUAGCACUUGUUUUCUUUUUUUUAUUUUGUAUUUUUUUUUUAUAAUGUAAUGAAAAUAUAAAUAUUAUAUUACCUUUUUAUACUAAAUAUUUUACUAAGACUGCAUAGGAUUGUGAUGUUUGAAUAAGUACUGUGUUUGCUUAGCUUAAAUAAAAUGUAUGCUGAAUA